AUGCAAAAAUUCACCGUCUCCCUGCCAUUGUCUGUUUCAGAAAUCAUCGGGAGCGACGGAUGCGGAGCCGCCAACACAAGCUCUCCCGGUAACAAGAGACGCGGCUUCAGCGGGCGCAAGUGGCUGCCGCCACCUCUGCGAAAGCUGAGCCAGAGCAAGGUCGACAAGUCGUCGGAGCGGCCUCCGCCGCCCCCACCCCCGCCGCCCCCGAGCUCGGCCAAGAAGAGCAGCGGCCUGGACAAGCUGUUCAAGCUGCCGUCGUCCGGUUCGAGCGACAAGGCCCCCGGCAGUCUGGCGACCCCACCCGGCCCGGGAUCAAAGUCGGCCCCGAGUGGUACAGCCGCCCCGAGAGCAACGAGCUUGGCAUCACCGGCGCCCCGGCAGACUAGCGACGCCGAGGAACCCCCGGCACCUGGUGCGGUGGACAGCGGCGCCGAGGACAACGGCUCGGGCCAGCAGAACGGCGCCGAGGACGCCGAGGACGAGCAGCUCGAGCUCCCGCCGCCCAUGAAGCCCAUCGCCGAGCCCAUGCUCGCUACCGGCCCGCCCGCCAACUCCGACGACGAGCUGCCCGGCAAACUCCUCGCGAGCGAGCCCGGAGCGAUGAAGCCGCUCGACGCCACGGCGGGCACGACGACGAGUGCCGACAUCGCCGAGAUCGAGCAGAUCGUCAAGGAGCGCAUGGAGCAGCACACGGAAAAACGGGAGCGCAACAGCAGUAGCGUCUUCCAGCAGCAGCCACAGCCGGCGAUGAGCGUGGAUUCGCCGAGCGCGAGCACGCCCUCGCCCUCGGGAGUGGCAAACAGCGCUGUCUCGUCGCAGGAUGCCGAGGAGUCGUUGCCGCCACCACCGCCUCCGCCGCCGCUCGUGGGGGAUGAUGGCCCCGAGGCUACGGCCCUGGCCAAGCGGCAGUUUGUCAUUCGCGAGCUCGUCGACACCGAGCGCGACUACGUCAACGAUCUCCGUCAAAUUAUCGAAGGUUACAUGGCGCUCAUGCGGAAUCCCGCCACCGAAAUACCUCUGCCCGAGGAUUUGAAGGGCGGCAAGGACAAGAUGGUCUUUGGCAACAUCGAGGCCAUUUACGAGUGGCACAGAGACUGCUUCUUGAAAUCUCUGGAACACUGCCUCGAGCGGCCCGAGGAGCUGGGGCCCCUGUUCAAGCGCUACGAGAGAAAGCUGCACAUGUACGUCGUCUACUGUCAGAACAAGCCCGUAUCUGAGUACAUAGUGUCCGAGUACAGCGAUACGUACUUCGAGGAACUCAGACAGAAGCUGGGCCACCGGCUACAGCUUUGCGACCUGUUGAUCAAACCGGUUCAAAGGAUUACCAAGUAUCAACUGCUGUUGCGCGAGGCGCUCAGGCUUACGGAGCGCACGCAGCGCCAGUCCGAGAUCGAGGGCCUCAGAGCUGCGGCUCACGUCAUGAGGGUCAUACCCAAGGCCGCGAACGACAUGAUGGACGUUGGAAGAUUGCAGGGCUUUGACGGAAAAAUAACCGCGCAAGGUAAGCUGUUACUACACGGGCCGCUAAUGGUUGCCGAGCUAUCGUCGCUACCAAGCCGGGGAAGGGAAUGGCAAGUGUUCCUGUUUGAGCAAAAUAUCAUCUUCAGUGAGGCGGUCGGUAAAAAAACGCAAUUCACCAGUCCCGCCUACAUAUACAAAGCUCACAUUCAGGUGAACAAAAUGAGUCUGGAGGAUUCACCGGAAGACCCAGAGAAAUUUAUAAUCCGCUCGACGGAUCCACGCAAGCCUGGACUCGGCUUCGCGUGCAACUGCUGCCCGACCUCGAGCGACGACACGAGUAGUGGCAGCGGUAGCGGCAGCACUACCUCGGCAAAUAAUUUGCCGAGACGCCAGGAAUGGGUCGAUACGAUUACCUCGAUACUACAGACGCAACGCGACUUUCUCAAAGCGAUACAGUCGCCUAUCGCCUACCAAAAGGAACUUACCAAAGAUCCACUAAUCAAAUGUUUUAAGGGGUGUCAGUAUUGCCGCGGCGCUACGCCCGAGUCUACGCCAUCGCCACGUUCACUUCCCCCGACGAACAGCAAAGAUCGGCCGGAGCCGGCCGGAAGUACCAGUAGCAGUAGUUGCAGCAGUCCGGCCCGGAAGCAGCAGCCGGUGCAUCGCUCCCACACCGGUGGGCCCCUGGAUCCAGGAGUGAACGACCUGCCGAGAACCCCCAGUCCCACGAAGAGCAAACUCAACUUUCUCGAGGGCUUUCGGAACACGCUGCGCGCCCGCUCGCCCGUCCGCAUCGGCUCCGUACCGGUCGCGCCUGGCGCCCGAGUGAGGCUGACGGCGGAUUGGGGCGCGUUGCGGGCCGGCGACGAGAUAGUCGUCCGUGGUCUCGAGAACAACGGCCUCGUGGUGACGCUCGUCGAGCACCCGAAGCAGGAGCACUGGAUACCCGCGAGCCUCAUACCAAACUCGUCGGUGAGUCGCGCCUGGUCGUUCAGGCCCCGCAAGCCCAACGUGGACGUCAAGCACGAGCACCACUUGGGUAACAAUGCGAUGCAACACCUCGGCGCCGGGCCGAACCACAGCAGCGGCACCGGUGGCCGGCAUCCCUCGUCACCUCCUUGCGUUUCUGGCGCGCCCACGCCCAUCAAGGCCAACUCGGGGGAGAUCGCCAGGCUGGCCGUCCAGGUAUCCCAGGCCGAGGGAGCGCUGGUGGCUUGGCGACGCGAGGGUCAAGACCGGGACAUCCAGGAGAACGAGCGGUACAGGCUGCGCCAGAGCGCGGGCUUUUUCUACCUGGAGAUAACGAGGUGCAGGCCCGCGGACUCGGGGGCCUAUCUCUGCAGCGUGAGCUGUGACAACGGUUCCUGCUCGGCAAGGAUAUACCUGACAGUCGCUGGUGGCACAGGAAUGACGUGGGCGCGCGUCCUAGAUUGGGAGGUGGACAUGGGCCAUGGGCGCAUCGAGGUGGAUUGGGAGCCCGAGGAGGUCGGCAGGUGCGACGUUGAAUACCGAUCCGCACCGUCGGCCAACUGGACGACGGCCCUCGAAGACAUCGAGAGCCCGCCUGUGGUACUAGAGCUACUCCCGGGGGCGAGUUACAGCUUCCGAGUCGUCAGCAGGAGUAAUGGCAGCGUUACCUCGGCCUCGCCCAUUGUCAACUUGCCUCUGGGUGAUGCCACUUCCUGGGAGUCGGAGCAAUUCGUGGCGAGGUACCUCGAGCUCGAUGAGAUCGGCAAGGGCAGGUACGCGGCCGUGCGGAGAGCCAGGGACCGGGGCACCGGCCAGGAGGUCGCGCUCAAACAGACGCCGAGGCAGAAGCAGUCGAGGUCGCUCACUCGAGCGGAGUACGAGCUCCUCGCGUCCACUCAUCACGGCAACAUCGUUCGAGCCUUUGCUCUCUUCGAGAACUCGACGCUUGGCGUUGACACUAUCGUCCUGGAACUCGUGCGGGGACCAAUGCUGUUUCAGUUCUUGAGCAAGAAGACCGAGUAUACCGAGGGCAUGGCCAAUAAGUUUGCGAAUCAGUUGUUAUCGGCGCUGCAGUGGCUGCACCAGCGGAAUAAGGCUCAUCUCGAUCUGAAGCCCGAGAACGUGCUCGUCGACCAAGACACGGGCAUCGUCAAGCUCAUCGAUUUUGGCGAGGCGGUGCGCGGCCCGGUGGACGAGGUCGUCGCACCCCCGGCUGAUCUCGAAUUUGCUGCUCCAGAGUCCGUCCUCGGCAGACCGUCCGGACCUUACACCGACAUGUGGGCCGUCGGUGUUUUCAUUUACGUCCUACUCAGUGGUCUUUCACCCUUCUUAGACGACUCCGUCGAAGAAACAACGACAAAUAUUUUGAAAUGUGAUUUUUGCUUUCCCGACGAGUAUUUCGAGACCAUAUCAAACGAAGCCAAGGACCUGCUGAGCCGGCUGCUCUGCUUGAGGAUCGAAGAUCGAGCCAGCGCGCAGAUCUCAUUGUCUUCUCCGUGGUUCAAGGUUUCUAAAGGUGCUACAAUACCCUCGACGAGAAUGGCAGCUUUCACGGAGCGACGGGCGCACUGUUCGAAAUCGCAUCGAGAUCAUCGCAAUAGUUUUUACUCUUGAGUCAUAAUACGUUUUAGCUAAUUUUAUCAAAUGCGCGAUAUUAUUAAUAAUAUUUUAUUAUCACACUCCUGUAUAUAUAUAUAUAUGCGAAAAAAGAAGAAAAAAUGAGAUGUGUUGAAAUAUUUUGUAAAUUAUGCGGUUACUUAUUUUCUUCCAUUCCAUGUGUCACGCAAAACCAAUUAAUUAUUGUACUUGAGAGAAUGUACGUAAAAUCUUUUAUCUUUUUUGUUUUUUCAUAGUCACAUAAGAGAAUAAUUGUUUAGCAAUGUAUGUUAAUGAAUUUUUCAAUCUUUGAUUUAUCUACAGUGUCGAAUGGUGAUAUACACUUGAUAAAUAAAUGAUACGUAUUUUUUAA